AUGGGCUGGCCGGGCAUACGCGCCUCGCUCGCUGCGGGCGGCGGCGCGGGUGGCAAGGAGGCGGGUGGCGAGGAGGCGGAGGCUGUGGAGGCGGGGGGCAAGGCUGGCGCGGAGUUUCUGCUGCGGCUCAAGUCCUCCCUGCUCACCGCGGAGCACCGCGUCGUCUCGUGCGCCUUCCUGCAGCUGGGAGGGCUCGGCGCAGGCCUGUGCGACAUCGGCUCGGCGGAGGCGGCGCAAGAGGCGCUCCUCACCGUGCAGCGCGCCGCCGCCGCCUUCAAGGUCGCGCUGCUGCGCACGAUCGUCGACGACAAGGGCGUGCGCUGCCUCCUUGCCGGCGGCGUCCCUGGCUUCGCUGCCGAGGACGACGCGUGGCGCGCCGUGUCCUUGUGCGCCGCCUGCUCGCCCCUCCUGAUCGACGCGGCGACGCGCGACGCGGCGCUGCUCGCCCGGCCGGACGCUCGCUUCGAGUCGGCAGGCCCUUUCGAUGCAAAGGGCUUCGCGGAGCCGCUCGAGACGUUUGCCCCCGUGGCGGGCGGGCUCGCUCCCUGCCCGCAGCUGCUGCGCCAGUCGACGGCCGAGAUGAGGGCUGAGCAGUUCGCCCUCGGCUCGUCCGGCGAGCGCCGCAGCGUGCUCGGAUCCGGCCGCAGCGCCGCAGACCUCUGA